AUGUAUAUAUUAUCUGGACGAAACUUGGUUGAACGCCGGCGAUUGUGUCGAUCGUGUUUGAAAGGACAAUACGGUUCUCUCCAAACACGAUGCAUUCAACAAAGGCCUCACAACCGGUCUACCAAUCCAUCAGGUAAAGGGAAACGACUCAUUGUGCUACACAUUGGGUCGGAGAAUGGUUUUCUGCCAGGUGGCUUACUAUGUUUCGUUUCUAAAAAAAAUACAGGAGAUUACCAUGACGAGAUGAAUGGGGAUAACUUCAAGGAGUGGUUCGAGUCCAUUAUCCCUAUACUCGAUCCAAAUUCAAUCAUCGUCAUGGACAAUGCGCCGUACCAUUCAGUAGAGCAAGAAAAAUAUCCAAAUAGUUCUUGGAAAAAGGCAGCUAUAUUGGAGUGGCUCAUUUCCAGGGAUGUUGUUCGUGAACGACCGCUAUCGUCAUUGUUGAAGCCCGAACUACUGGCGAUAUCAAAAGAAAUGCGACCACAACACAAAUCGUAUGUAAUAGACAACUUGGCCAAGGACAACGGGCACACCGUACUCCGAUUGCCACCGUACCAUUGCGAAUUCAAUCCCAUUGAAUUAGCAUGGGCGAUGGUAAAAGGAUACGUGAAACAGAAAAACACCACUUACAAAAUCAACGAUGUUCAACAACUGCUAAAUACAGCGAUUGAAAGGGUUACGACUCAAAAUUGGAAAAAUCUUAUAAAGCACGUAAUUGAAGAAGAGAACAGAAUAUGGAAAGCGGACGAUAUCAUGGACGAAUUGAUAGAUGCAAUGGAACCUUGUAUUAUGAAUAUAACAGGAGAAACAACCUCAACAGAUGAUUCGGAGUAA